AUGUCCGACCCAAUCCCCUCCGCAGCCCCCACCGAACCCACAACCUCCACUUCCGCCGAAGACCGCAAAGCCGCCGCGGCGUUGUCCUCGCUCAACACCACUGAAAUCACAUCCGAGCCCGCUGCGGCUUCCGGCGCAAAACAACCGUCCUCGGCAGACCAGGAGGCCCUGGGGAAGGCGAUGAAUAGGCUGGAGAUUGCGGCGGGGGGACACCAGAAGGGAUCGGCGAAGGCUGCGGGGAAGAGUGAGGGUGUUGGCGUGGAGGUUGGUAAGAAGGCUGCGCCUGCGGUGAAGAUUGCGGGGGAGGAUGUUAGUUUGUUGGUGAACGAGCUGGAUCUGAAUAAAGUCAAAGCGACGGAGCUUCUGAGGGCGAAUGAGGGGGAUGCGAAGAAGGCCAUUCGGGCCUUUAUAAGGUCUCCUCCUACCUUAUCUGCUGCUGCAGUGUGA